UGUGAGUGUGUCGCGUUGCGAGAUAUCUAUCCCACGCUUUCAAUUCUCCUACGCAAUUUUGGACCCGCAUAGGAUCCAAGAACAACAACAAUUCUAACUCGUUCCGAGUUCUUAACGUGGUUCCAAUCUCGUGUAUCAUACGUCAAGAUAUGUGUCCCAAGAUGGAGACAACAGAAUGGGAAGGAGACUUCGACCCCCUCUCAGAUCCGGAUGAAAAGAAACAUCUGCUUUCAGUGCUGGAUUCAUUCCGGUCAUACCGACGUCUAGCGCACUUCAAUGGCACGCAUGUUCGACGACAAGCAUUUUACUCCUUACCUCAAGAACACUGGACGCUGCUAUCAAAGCCACCAUUCUCGGUUCUAGACUCUUUUAAUAAAAUGGACGACCUCAUCGACAAAAAUGCUGAGCUUGCUGAAGCUAUAUUCAUGGCCGGUUUUAAGGGAUUCAUUGCUCCAACGAUCGACAGUAAUUGGGUGGCGUCAAUCGUGCCUGAAAAAUAUGCUCGUGAUGAGUAUCAGAUCUACUCAAUAGUCAUGGAUCACUUGGACGUACAUACGACACAGAGUGACAUGGACAAAGCAAGGAGCUGUAUCAAUCAAUUUUACCGAGACUGGAGUGCUGCUGGAAAUGUGGAAAGAGAGAGAUGCUUCGGGCCCGUGUUAAAGGCCUUGGAUGCAGAGUAUAAAACCAGACUGAUAUCCACACCUGGGCUGGAGAGAUCAGACUUGAGAGUCUUAGUACCCGGCGCAGGACUGGGUCGUUCUGUCUUCGACAUCUGCCAAGCUGGCUUCAGUGUUGAAGGAAAUGAGAUCUCAUACCAUGAACUGAUGGCAAGCUCUCUGGUCCUAAACCACAUUAAGAAGGCCGACCAGUUCACUAUCGCUCCUUUCGCACUCGGCUGCUCGAAUCAUCUCUCACGUAGCGAUCAGUUCCAGACAUUCUCAGUUCCAGAUAUACACCCAGGUACUAUCCUGGCAACGGGGCAAAGCUCAAAAGUUCCUGUGGACGAAAGGAUGAGCAUGGCCACAGGGGACUUCUGUGUUCUAUACAGCUCACCAGAUCAUGAAGGCACGUUCGACGUCGUUGCUACUGUUUUCUUCAUCGACACGGCACCCAACAUAAUGCGAUACAUUGAAACUGUUCGCAACUGCCUUAAACCAGGUGGUAUUUGGGUCAAUCUUGGGCCCUUACUUUGGCAUCAAGCACCUCGAGGACCAGGCAGAGCUACCGAUACCGAGGAGGAGUAUGAACAUACUCACGUUCAUGAUGCGGGAAUUGGCGAUCCCGGCUCGAUAGAGCUGACAAAUGACGAAGUCAUGGCUUUGGUUGAGCACAUGGGGCUCAAGAUCGAGAGGCAAGAAACUAGCACUCCGGAGACAGGAUAUAUUUCGAAUCCUAGAAGCAUGCUACAGAACACAUACCGCCCAGUCUUCUGGGUCGCAAGAAAACUUGAAUGAGGACAUAGUAUCUUUCCUUGUCAAGUCACAUAUCCACACAGGCCCCACGGGAAUAGGCACAGAUUUGAGCGUGAAUCUGUGACCACUUCUCUCAAUAGAAUGACUCAUACUCUCUUUGGGAGUAGCCGGUCAAGAUGAUCAUGAAGUCUGGUAUGCCCUUUGGAUACACCUACACUUAAGCUAGGUAAUCUGCAAAAUUUGAACAGUAUGUCAUGGGAAAUAUCGGGAAUGUGUUUACAUCUAGCAUCAUAGAGUCUUGCUUCUGUAAAAGAUACGGCCUAGACGUGCUCAAAAAGAGGCGUAGGAGCGGG